CGACAGCAAGCGUUUCGUUUUGGAUGUUUGGGUGACGCUGCUGUUUGGAUUUUGUUUUAUAAAGCAAAAAAUGUCUGUCAGAUUAUUGGAAAUGUAUGUUAUGAGGAAGACAGCUUAGCUCAACUGCUAAAUCCUGUUCAAAACGUUUAAAACUAAGCGCAAUGCCAGUUUUACUACAAAAGAAAGAUGCCAUGUCCUCCCCCCUCACUUUCCCCCCAGACUGGGAAGAUAACGAGCGAAUGGCCUUUCUGUUCUCGGCCUUCAAAGAGAACCGAGAGGUGGAUCCGACCGACUGGGAUAGCAAGAUGAACUUCUGGACACCUCUGGUAGUGGACAGCUGCAGACGCUGUGGAUCUGUGUGUGUGAGCUUGAAGGAAUUAAAUGAAAGUUUUCAGCGAAAGGGGAGCGUCCCUUUGGGGCUGGGGACUGUCCUUCAGAGCAUGAUCAGGAGUGGAAAGGUGCAGAAAGAGUCUGACUUUGCUGCCAGUGUUGAUUCUGGCUGGUUGUCUUGGGGAGUCGGGCUGUUGCUGGUUAGGCCUCUGAAGUGGACGCUGUCAGCUCUACUGGGAAGUGGAAGAGUUCCUCUUGAGGAGUCGUUUGUGGUGAUUGAUUUAGUUAAAGAAAAAGCUGCAGCAUUGUUGGCUGCGUAUCGGACCUCUCCUCUUGCGACCCGGACUCUACUAUCAUUUCAGGAGCUGCGUUCUUUCUCCACUCACAUCUGUCCUGAUGAAACCACUCUGUGUCUGGCUCUACUCCAGCUCCAGAGGGAGAAACAUGUGACCGUCUUGCUCCAUGAAGGAGAAAAGCUGGUGAAGUUUAGUCAGGCAGGACAGGGACGUGUGUCUCCGCUCAGUGAGGUGGAUCUGGGUAUUUACCAGCUCCAGCGCAGUGAACAGUUACUGGAGGAGAGAGUGGAGGCCCUGGGUCAGGAGGCAGAAAAAUGUAAAGAUCAAGCAAGAGUUCUACUAAAAGAGGGGAAGAAAUCACAGGCAUUGAGGUGUUUAAGGGGAAAAAAGCGAGUGGAAGGGAAAGCAGACAGACUGUACGCUCAGCUUGAGACUGUAAAAGGAAUCCUGGACAGGAUAGCAAACUCACAGACUGACCACCUGGUGAUGCAGGCAUAUCAGGCAGGUGUAGCAGCUCUGAGGAUUUCACUUAAGGGCAUAACAGUUGAGAGAGCUGAGAACCUUGUGGAUCAGAUUCAGGAGCUGUGUGAUACUCAAGAUGAAGUUAAUCAGACUCUGGCUGGAGGAGCGCUGGACUCAACUGUAGGAGAAUCAGAAGAGCUGGAGGAGGAGCUGGAGUCUUUAUUGAAAGAGAGUGUUCAAGACACAAGUAUAACACUUCCAGAUGUUCCAACCCAGCCUGUGUCAACUAAAGAAGCUGGUGUCCUGGAUGAUGCAUUCUUCCGUUCUCUCCCCUCUGUGCCUAACACUAACAUCACUGAUGAGGAGCUAGAGAGAGAGCUGAGUCGACUGGCCUUGAAUCCAGCAUAAGGAAUGGUUAUCCUGACAGCACACUGGCAUCUGUUGGCACAAAUAGCCUGAUUGCUGUCUACACAAAAUGCAUUUCUAUAGACUUCAUUUAAUGUUUGGCCUUUUGGUUUAUGUUUGUAAUGGCAUGUUUCGUUUUCUUUUAAAAGAAAGUUUUAAGUGUGGCCUUUGAAGAAAUAUGUAUUCUAAUAAAAACAAUUAUUAUGUUUAACAAGUCA